AGGUACCGGUACCGGUAAAACACUUCCAUUGGUACUUUCACGGUGGGUUAUUUUCAGCAGUCAUGAUCUUCCGCACGGCAUUGCUGAGCGUCCUCCUUUUCUCUGUUCAGAGUUUCACCAUAAAAAGUUCUCCCGAAAAGAUGAACAGACAUUCAGGCAACACCCUUGCUGAUGAGGAGUCCAGUGUUUCCACGCUGUUAGAAAAGGCAAAUGUCAAUGUUGGCAAGAACGAGAAUGAACCUCUUGUGAUGUUUGGAGACAUCGCCGUGCCGACUGGACUCCAGAAUGCCGAUCCCUGCACAGCAAAUAGGUGCCGGUGGCCAAAAGCAUCGGACGGCCUUGUCUAUGUGCCGUACCUUCUUUCCCCGCAAUACUCUGCUGAAGAAAGGGAGACCAUACUUAAUGGUCUGCAGUCCUUCGCGGCAUCCACUUGCAUUCGCUUCACCCCACACAAUGGACAGAGGGACUUUGUGGACAUCCAGUCCCGCUCAGGGUGUUAUUCAUUUAUUGGGCGUCGUGGUCGGGGUCAAGUCGUGUCUUUGAGUCGCCGGGGCUGUGUUUUCCGACAGAUCAUCCAACACGAAUUGCUCCACGCCCUGGGAUUCCAUCAUGAACAGACUCGAUCUGACAGGAACGACCAUGUCCGAAUCCUCUUUGAGAAUGUCAUACCCGGAAUGCAGAGCAACUUCAGGAGGGUCAAUACAAGAAACUUUGGCACUCCCUAUGAUUACAACUCUGUGAUGCACUAUGGAAGGUUUGCCUUUUCCAGAAACAGGAGACCAACAAUAAUCCCCAUCCCUGACAACGAUGUAGCCAUCGGCCGGGCCACCAGAAUGAGCCCCAUCGACAUCCGUCGGGUCAACCUUCUUUAUGGCUGCAGCGCGUAUCUUUAGAAAAACCCAGAAAGCAACUCAAGUUACCUUGCUUGAGUUUUGUGGUUGUUUUUUUGCUAUGAAUCUUCAAUCACAGCCUGCUUAUCAUUCAUGUACGUAUCCAAAUCACAACAUUGUUUUUCAUUUUCGCUUGUUUCUUUUCUCUUCUUCUCCAUAUUCACUGUUUGUAAAAAGCAUCGUCAACGUGAUUAUUGAAUAAUUUGUAGACUCAUCCCCUGACUUGAACUCAUUUUACAAUUAAUUAGUGCACAACAUACUGCACCGUUGACAAUAAAUUGAUUUGUUUCAACAA